AUGAACAUUGAGCCUAAUUGUAUCAUAAGCGCCGAGAGCUAUGAGAAGUUCGGGCUCAACCACCAACGCCGUGACACCAACCAAAGCGUCCAAGAUUUCAUUGAUCACGAUCACGGUCUUAUGAGUAAAGGCAUUGGAGAAGAUGAACCUCCAGGAGAGAACAUAAGACAAGUAUUCUGUCAAUUACGCGGCCCGGAGACAGGAUAUCUCUCACGGAAUAAAUUCAAGCACUUAUUUGAGAGAAUAUUACCUACCCCAUCUUCAGGCGUCGAGGUACUGCUCUUUGAUAUCUUUAGUUGGCAUGCGUUCUUCCCCUUCCCACCAACGUGUACCACCUCAGGAGAAUUCUGUAUAGAUGAAGAUGCUUUCACUCGCGCUGUCUGUCAGCUGGUGUGGACUUAUUCGCCACACCAUAGUGCGCAUAUGCGGGAGGGGAGGGCGCCUACCACGGUGUUAUCACCGGAAAUUGGGGGCCACAUUUCAGCUGGCUCGUUUCAGCCCGCGGACGAGCCGUAUUCUGGAGAUGAUUCUGAGGACGAGGAUCUGCAACAGGUCGUUAUCGUCGAGAAAGAGAGUGAGCGAACGAUAGAUAUCCAAGAUGUUAUCUCAGAAUGUCCCCCUGAUCACCAUACCAUGGUAGGAGACCCGUUACGAGAAGGCUACAAGCUUGCCUUACCCUUUCUUCCACAUCGUCCAUACGAUCUAACUGACCUUCACGUCCCAACAAUAAAGGUUCUGAGUCUCUUCCCCUUGCUCUACGCCGAGGACGACUCGGACGAGGAAAAUGAACUAGUCUCCGAAGAAGAUAAUGAGCCAGACAUUGGAGCUGAUUUUAUUACCUCGAUCGAGCGACUGGGUACCGAAGAACUUAGCUGGGAAAUAUUCAACACCAUGUUGAAUGAGCAUGCGGAAGUUAUCGUAGAUACUUUAGCGCGAAUUUUCUCGAUACUCAAAGCUCCAUUAGAUGGACCUAUAGUAUGA